AUGGUGAACCCCAAGGAAGGAUCCGAGGAGAAGGCAGCGCAAAAGGGCCCACAGGAGGGCGAACCAAAGGGGGUUCAGAUGGGUGAGCAGAAGUCCCCAUCAAAGGUAGCCCAAAUGAGUGAAGAGAAGAAUACACCAGAAGGAAACGAAACUAGUCCACAGAAAACGGAGGAGAAAAAUGUCUCCCAGGAUGACACGAAACAGGACAAUGCUAACGCGAACAAAGAAGACAAGCAGAAAAACGUAAAGGACUACAAUAACAUUAAUGACAUCAUCAGCUACAUUAUUAAAGUUGGUGUGUGGGAAAUGUACACUUACGAGUGGCUAAUGAACAGAAAAACCUUCCUUUACUACAAUACGUACGUAAAGAAUUAUUUUUUUUACGACAAGAACAACAAUUUGACGCCUUUUAAUGAGAGGUACUUUUUUUUAUAUGUAAUUACAUUUGAUAACACCGAUUUUGUAGCUAAUUUUUUUUUUAAAAAAAAUGAAAAAAAAAAUAACAUAAAAAAAAUAAAAUUAAGUAGUUACACAAAAACCAUGCAAGGAAGAAGAAAAAAACAGGAAGAUCGCUAUACAGUCAUUAAUGACAUGACCAAGUAUAUAGAUGCUUAUGAUUACAAAACAUUAUUUUUUUACAAAAGAAAUCCAUUUUAUUGCUUCUCCGUAAUUGAUGGACACCGAGGUAUAAAGGCAUGCGAAUAUUGCAUGACCCACAUUGUGAAGAAUAUUAUUUACUACUUUUAUAAUCAAGACAAUGUCAGACAGGAUGAAUUUAAACUUGGCCCCACGUCUGGCACGAAGGUUAAUAAACAGGAUCCCCCUGAUGGUCAAAGUUGCUCGGGUAAGGACGAUACCCAUAAAAGGGAGGUUCAGAGCACAUCGGCCAAAGGACGCACCCAGGAAGGAACCCAAGAUAGUGAAAAUAAAAACCGUGGUGAUAGCACCUCCACAGAAUUCUCCCACCACGAUUCUUCGACAGGGGAUGACAAGAAAGAUUCGCCAUCACGGAGCAACACACAAGAGAGCGAAAAGGAGGAAGGUAGAAGCAAGGACAAACGGGCGAUGGUAAAGGAAGAAAUUUCAAAAACUAAGAAGAGAAAAAUAGACAGCAGCGACAUAACAGAGAGUGAAGAAAAUCCAUCACAGAGAGAAAGCGAAGAUGAUGAUAAGAAUCGUAGCGAAGGAAACGUAAGCGCCUUUUGUGAUGAAAACUCCAGGGAAAAAAAGGAUCAAUGCACUGGUACCUCCAUAACGGAGGAUAAAGGAAAAGCAACAAGCGUCAAUACCAGUACAAGUGACCAAAAAAAACUUGUAUUUUUGGAGGACCUCACGGAUGAAGAAAUCAUCAAUUGUAUAAAACUCGCCUUUCUAAAAACAGACGAGCAGUUCCUUAAAAUUUCCAAAUUCCCAAAUCAUGGCUGCACCGUCAUUUCCAUCAUUGUCAUAAAGAACAAAAUGUUUAUUGCGAAUCUUGGGGACUGUCGGGCAAUAGGCAUCGUCAACGUGAACAACACUUUGAAAGCGGAAAUGCUAUCGCAGGACCAUAAGCCUAAUGAGCCCAGGGAAAGGGAGCGGAUAAAAAAAAUGGGAGGCGAAGUCAUCUGCAUGCAGAACGUGUACAGGGUUAAGGCUAACGCGAAGAAGACCAUUUCGGACCCUUCCAAUUUGCUGGAUCGCUUGCCAAUGAAGGAGGAAGUUUACCUUGCGGUUUCCAGAGCCAUAGGAGAUAAAGACUUCAAAGAGAACAACGUGGUUUCAGCCCUGCCGGAUGUCAUUUGCAGAGAGUUGUGCGACGCAGACAAAGGUAAAAAGGAGUUCGAAGGUGAAAAUGAAAAUGAAAAUGAAAAUGAAAAUGUUGAAUGUUCCGACCCCGCGGUAAGAGUCAAAGUGGAAGAAAACUAUUUCAAGGAAGGUGAGCCAUUUUUUUUUUCCGCGGAAGAGAUGAAUUACCUGUUUGUUGUUUUGGCUUGUGAUGGAGUAUGGGAUACCCUAUCCAAUAAGGACGUUGCCCAGAUUUUGCAAAGCUAUCAGCACGACCCGGACAAGGCCUGCAGCGAAAUUAUAAAAACGGCAUUUGCCUGCGGAAGUCAGGACAACAUAACCGCCAUUGUGUUAAAAUUUUACUAA